AUGCCAUUAAAACAACGAAGAAUUGUGGAAGAUGCUGAUAAUACAUGGAACCAGCAGCUCAUGGCUGCCUGUCUGACAGGGAAUCUUGAGCAAGCUCAGCGUGUUGUAGAUCACGGUGCUGAUCCUAUCCGUGCUCGAGAGUUGACACCGUUCAGCUUUGGUUGUAAAUUGAGCCCCCUGGUGGCGGUAACUUUAUCGUUAGUGCAAAAUAUUGGUGCCGAUAACAAGCCCCUUGCCGUUGAUGACGUCAAAAAUCGACUAAAUAUAGUGCAGUACUUGAUGGAAAAAGGUGCGACCCUAAAUGAUUUGAUUGAGUUGCCAUACUCUACGCCCGCUUUAUUCUGUGAGCUCGGCAGGGAUAACAGCUGGAGCCGGGAUCACAAAAAAGCAGAUACGGAGCAUACGCAGCAGCAACAGCAGCGGUCGCACGGCAUCUUUAGCGCUGGAGCCGAUCGCAAAAAAAGCCUGCGGUUGGUUGGCAUGGAUACGAGGGACACCCCUAAUACGCCGCAAGGGCUGUCUUUUACUCAAUCCAGAAAGUACGGCACAGUACUGCAUUACUUGGUAUCCCUUAAGGAUCACGUCAGUCUGUUUCGUUUACUCCAUUUCACAGGUGCUGUACCGAUGGCAUUAUCGCUCGCAGGUAGUGAUAGCGACCUGAAAUCUGCCUCUUCAUCGGAGGCAACGGCGCCCGCCAAAAUGUGCCCAGUUUUUCCGUUCAGCCUCCUCACGGCGCUACAGCAGGAACUUGAGGCAGGACACACUCUUGAUAACGAAGAGGACUAUAUUAGGCCGCAAACACAAAGCAAGUCCUCAAAUAGCCCCCAACUUUCCCCACCCUCUCGCCCGAGCAGUAGUAGUGGUCGCUCUUUUCGACAACCCCUCUCAAAAGUUCUGAGUAUGUCUUCCACGAUGAUGCGCACACACACAUCACGUUUACAAGUAGAAAAUGAUGGAACGGUGUGGAAUCCGUUCUUGAUGCUACUGCCUCAUCCCGUAUUUCCUACCCUAGCCUCUCAUUUUGCAAGUGUGGAUAUAAAGCGAACCCAGACCGAUGAAGGGGACAGUAGAACCCUGCGAUCAACCGCAUUUCUCGAUUUUUCGGUUAAGACGACCGCUGAUAACCCCUUCAAUGGGAUACCUGAGACGACGAGGUCGGGUAAAAAAAACCGUACUUUAAAUCCUGCUCACGAGGCUCCACCGUCAGCCCAGACGACGACGACGCACGACGACAGUUCCUUCAUUCCAAGGACGGCAUUGGAGCUCGCGUCUGCCCAGUGUGAUACCAUGGCUACGCGGCUGCUCUCCUUCUACAGUGUGGGCGAGACCAGCACCGCAGAUUCGAGCGCGGCCACGCCAGAGUCUGAUCCUGCGCGGACGAUCUUAGUGAAUGGGUUUCAAAGCGAAUUGGCGCGGGCUUGUUCUACUGGGGAUCUCGCACAUGUGGAGGCGCUGCUCGAUGCUGGGGGGGCCGACGGGGCGACUCUCACACAGCUAUCCGAGGAUGGCCUCUACACCCUCAUCCACUACUCCGUUGCUCACCGACCGGUGCUGGAUUACCUCGUCCGACGUCGCGGUUUGAAGAUCGAUAUCGAAAACGCAUUCGGCGAGUCGGCUCUCGUGUCGCUUAUUCGCUACGGCACCGGGCGUAAUUCCCUCAACGCGAUUAAGGAUUCCCCAUGUUCAUAUGACGUUGCAAAACUAGCGUCCCUGCCCCCCUGUGCAGUUAGAAACUAUAUUCUCGCGCCAUUUACGCUUGGAUCAAACGUAUCUCAGCAACCUCGACUCUCUACAAUGUCAGUGGCCAUGACUAACACACGAGGUGCCACCCAUUCGACAGCUGGAGCUCGGCAAGGACGAAGCAAUACACCAGCGGCUGUUCCAUUCUCAGGAAAUGCAGUGUCGCAUCGUGGUGAUAACCUGCGCAGCAUCGUGGCUUCCAGUAACGUCGUUCACGUAAUCAACUCGGAGGAGAUGGUGCGAAUGUGGAGUUUCACGGACCGGCCGACCGCCGAGCUAAUCCAGAAUCUUGUGGACUACGGGGCCAAUAUUCAUGGGCACAUUCCCGAGGUGGAGUACCCGCUUCGUUACGUUGCCUACGCGGUUGAGAUGGAGGAACAAGGCCGACAAAGUGCUAGUACCGCGUCAGCAGCAAAUACAAACGGCUUGUCCCUAUCAAAGGAACGGGAUGGGGCUGCUGGCGGCUCCUCACGGCAAUCACAGCGCAAUGCUGCCAAGGCGAGUGGCAAUGGGGGAGGUAACGCUACCUUGUUUUCAGGCAAGGUGGCCAAAAAUUCACCCCGUUCUGGGUCACGAGCUUUGUCGCCGGCUGCAGGAUCGCACGGUUCCCAUAGGAGCCGAGCACCUGCUGGUACCCCGGGUGCGGACGUCAACUUACACCCACGAUCCUCUUUGUCCGAGGAUGUUGCACGACAUGCCAUGAACUUCCAUCAGCAACUGAGUACCUUUGAAGAGGAAGGUGGAAGUGGGGGGGGUUCGAGGGAUAUUACCAGCGGGUUGACGUCUGACAUCCCCUCGUGGUCUCCUACAGGGAAUUUACAAGCUCAAACUCCGAGAGACAGCGAUAGCACCGCAUCGUUGGUGGCUGCACGGAUCCCUUUACGUGCCACACCACUCAUGCACGCCAUUUUCAACUACCAUCCAGAGCUGAUCCGUAAGUUUGUCGUCGAGUACAGGGUGGACCUCAUGCGAAGGGACUCACAAGGCGCCUCGGCCUUACAUUAUGCGGCAGCUUGGUGCCCACCUGGGGAAACCAGUGUGUUGGAAUUAUUUCUCUCUCCGCUUGUCAACAACAUCCAAUCUUCGAACAGCGGGGUCCCGAUAGACGUGAAUGCGGUUGAUAUGGCCGGGCGGACCCCCCUUUACUACGCCACCGCGGCGGGAAACGUCACGACGAUGAAGUGGCUGCUUCAGCUGGGGUCCGCCGUGCGCGCGGGGAGGCCUGACAAGAACGGCCUCACACCGCUCCACGUGGCGGUUCGGAAAAACCAUCCCAGGGCGGUUGCCGUGCUCGUGCGGCACUCCGCGAAGAUCUUGGAGGUGCUCUCGGAGCCCGCGUUGUUGCCCGGGGCGUUUGGCGGGAAGGGUCGCAACGAGGGCGGCAUGUUUCGUUCGCGGCGGCGGCCUUCGUUCUCGCAGCGGCAUCUACCGCUGGGGGCCUCCCCGUCAAGCCCGGGGCUCUCCUUUUUAGGGGGAGGGCACUCUAAAGGGGGCAGCGCGGGCUCCUCGGCGUCGCUCCCAGUGCUCAACCGCCCACCGAGCGUUUCCCAGUUGCGCAGUCUGCACGCCGCCGCGGUCCCUCCUUUCGAGACGCAUGCCUGCGUGAAUGUCGAGGCCAUCGACGACAUUGAAUCCGCAACGGCGAUGGAGAUGGCGGUUAAACACGAAUGCCACCCCGAUAUCGUCCGUGUGCUGCUUUACGAGGCCGGCGCCUCGCUUGGUCGGCCGAGCGGGCUGCCCACCGGUGGUUCGCUUUUGCACCUGGCGGUGGCGCAGAACAAGCCGAUUUACGUCCAGCUCAUGCUCGAUUGCUACGCUGAUCCUGAUGAGCUAGACGAUGAGCAGUGCACUCCGCUUUUCCGUGCACUACUUUCCCUGAAGGAUGCCAAUUUUGAGGAGCCGCCGCAGAUGCUGGUUGAGCCGACGAUGGGUGAACCCUGCACUGGGAAGGAAGGCGCUGCGUCGGGGUCUUUAUCGAAGUUUGAAACAACUUUGGAGAUAAUUUCCUUGUUGCUCAAGAACGGUGCGCAACCUGGCAUGCAGAGUUUUAUUACGCUUCAGACUCAAUUUCACAUUGCCGCGCAGCUUGGCCUCCCACCCAGGGUUUUUAAACUUUUAUUUGGCGAUUACGACAAGGAUUAUAACAGUCGCGCAAAUGGAAUUUAUUUGAACUCAACGACAAGCCUUCGGAGGCAAGCGAGUGAUUUGGCCUCGAUGGAAUGGAAAAAUUUGAGCUCAGAGGCCCUACCUAACACCUAUUCUGCUGAUACUAAUGUCGCGGGCAGCGAUACCGCGUCUACAAAUGCGGCGUCAACACGUCGGCUGCAGCGCUUUGGAAGACAGUAUCAUCAGCAAGACAAGUUUCAUGAUGGUGUCGAUAGGUUUUUCUCAUUCGUUUCCGAUUCCCAUGGCGUCAACGCGAGUGGUGGAGAUGACAUCGUGAUGCCAGCUGACCAUAGUAUGGCACGCCUAGCGUCGACCGGUAAGGGUCCUAAGAUUUCGUACUCACCAGAUGCAUCUCUUAUCGUGAACGAUGCCCUGUUGAUAACGGAUGCGCAGCUCCGCACGCCCCUGCAUUACCUGUGUGCGCAUGCCGACCGAGCUCGACAGCUUUCUGUGCUGCCAACCUUGCUUCGCAUUUUGGCUCUACCGUCCUCUGAUGCUGGUUCGAGUGGCGCCGGAAAGUACGAUUUAAGGAAUAACAAUGGGGGGUGUAGGGUCUUUGACCGAGAGCUUGCCCAGGCCAUGUGCCGUGUGAGCGAUUGUGAAGGCCGGCGACCACUACAUGCGGCUUGUCGGGCACAUUUUGUCGAAGCGGUCCAUGCGUUGCUUGAGGUGGAUCCGGAAUCCGUUUUCGUGGUCGAUGCACACGGCAACACCCCCCUUCACGACUGUGUCUCUGGAAACUGCUAUGGGUACCUCGAUCCGUGCAUCAUGCAGUCUUCUCGUGAUCCAAGUGGAGGUCGGGAGGAGGGUGGGGGCGAAUGGGGGACCGGAGAUACCCGUGCCGCGAUCGAGGCGGUGAUCGAGGCAGUAGCGCGUACAGUUCGUUCUUGCAUACCUCACCCAUUAGAGGGAUUCCCAACUCCUCCGCUCUCAUCUUUCCCAGAAGCUCUCGAAGGAAGGAACCAAGGAGGGUGGAAUCGCCGUGAGGCUACCAUAACUUCCCAGGUUAAGCAAUUCUUAGAACAAUCACCCUUCUUUAAUUAUGGCCCUUCACGGUACAUGCCCCCAGGAUCAUUGGCCAACAAAGGUGCGGCCAACAAAGGCGCCGAUCUUGAGUAUCGACGGAGUAAUUGCGUCCUAAUCUCAGAUUGGGUGGCGUACCUGAAUCUGGUGGAUGAGCAGGGCCGCUCUGCUCUACUCCUGGCAGGAGAGAGGGGCGAUACCGUGGCGGCUUCUGCGCUUCUGCGAGUGAGCACAAAGGGGUAA